UAAACAGUGUGGAACUUGCUCUCAAAAUAAACAAACAUUUAAAUUUUUGCUUACUUCCUGCCUUUUAUUAGAGUUUAUUCAAUUGUUCAUUUCCCAAGUUAGUUACUUAUUGGUCUUCAGCUAUUCUUUUAUGUAAAUAAGCUUUUUCUAAAGAUCGUUUUAGCUCUGUUUCACAUAUUUUAAUACAUAUUUUCAGUUGCAUUCAGUUCCAUUUUCUAAUUUCCAUCAUGAUUUUUCCUUGAGUAAUUGGUUAUUUAGAAAUGUUUUUCAGAUGUGGCUGGGGCUUCACUGGCCUCACUAUGUCUACCGUUUUCGGUUUCCAGAGUCUGUUGACUGUAAUCUUGCUGCUUAUAUGUACCUGUGUUUAUAUCCUAUCCUUGGCACCCGGCCUCCUAGACAGAAAUAAAACUGGAUUGUUGGGUAUAUUUUGGAAGUGCGCCAGAAUUGGUGAACGGAAGAGUCCUUACAUCGCAGUGUGCUGUACAUGAUGGCCUUCGGCAUUUUCUUCAUACAGUAGUAGCUGGGAAAAAUAUCAUCAUUUAAUUGCCAGCAGAUUUCCGUAUGAAAAAAGGACUUACCUAUAGAACAUAAUGGAAUGAAUAGUUAACUCUUUUAUCUCUGAACACUGAAUGAGAUAAAUUUCCAGCUGCCGUUCUCUAUUUUUGUUAUUGGACCAAUGUUCUAUAUAAACAGGGUGUAACCAUUUAAUACGCAGAGUUUAAUAUGUCUAACAAUCAAUGUGAGCAGUGUCACUACAAUAUUACGUUCUGCAAAUGUUACUCUGUCAGAUACCGGUUUUUAGUGAGGCAUCUCUGAGACACAGAAUAGAAAACAAAAUUGGGAAAUCACUUACUUCCCUUCACUGUGAUUUGGAAAUGAUAAAUCUUUAUGGGAUGAGACACUUUUCUGGGCUAGCUUUUUUAUUGAGAAAAAAAGGUUCAAUUUGUGUUGGUAAGGAUUGCAUUCAUAUUUAAUAAUGCUUGCUGUUCCUCUGGCCACACCAGAGCAUUAACAGAGUGCCUCUAAGCAAACUCUAUAGUGUAUUACAGACGUUUCAAGUAUUUAAAACAAGCCUGUGCAUUUCUUAAGGAAGAAGGUAAAUGAGAUAUCACUUAAGAGUAGUAUUGGGGAAAUGUCCAUAUUUAACAUAAAAGUUUAGAAUAGCUGACUGGUCCAGUAGCCUCUGAAAACUCUAGAUAAGUAUGGAUAAAUAUCUUACGAAUAAAUUGACCAGCUGUCAUUCCCCGAAUAAGACUACAUUCUUAGAGUGAAAAGAACAAAAUAGAACAAUUCAGAAUGA